AUGCGGCGCGGGGGCUGGAGGGAGCACGUGAGGGCGGAGCUGCAGGGGCGGGAGCGGCGGGCGCGCGGCCUGCGGGCGCUGCUGGAACGACACCAGGAGCUCCGCGAGCGGCUGGAGGCGCGGGAGGCGCAGCUGCCGGGCGGAGGCGCCUCUGGGCCGCCCUCGGAACCGGCCGCCCUCCAGGUGCAGCUCCGGCGCGAGCGAGGAGAGCUGCGGGAGCAGGUCGCGCUCCUGGCGGAUCUUCUCCGGGGGGCCGAGGCCGAGAGCCGCGAACAGCGCGCCAGGAUGGGGUGCCUGGCCCGGGACCUGGCCACCCUCACCCGCCAGCACGAGGAGGCUGAGUGCCGAGCCUGGAGGUUCUCCCAGGAGGCAGAGGAGCUGCGCAGGGAGCUGGAGCAGGCCCGGGGGCUGCUGCAGGAGGCCCAGGCGGGACGGGUGGCCUUGGAGGCCCGCUGGGUGAGAGAGAAGGCCCUGGAGGCCAGGCGGAUCAACUGGGGCAAUGAGCAGGAGGAGAAGUGCCGGAAGAAGGUGGUACGCCUCCAAGAGAAGCUGGCUGAGGCAAGGGAGCAGGCUGGCCUGCCUGGCUUGGAUUUGGAUGAAAGGGACGGCAGCUUCAGCACCUCUUCCCAGGAAGCAGAGUUGGGGUGGGCCCUGAAGGGGCCAAGCGCUGCACGGGGCAGCUGCUGGGAGCAAGAUGGAUAGCAGAGGAGGCAGUGCGUGGGGAUUGCUUGUCCUGCCACUGCCCGCAGCAGGGAACCAAAUAGUCCCUGCAGAUUUGGGCUUUGCUGGUUUUGGGCCCAGGCGCUGGGAGGUGCUCAAGACGAGGACCGGUGAAUGCCGCCCAAGGGCCUUUCUGCAGCUGUUGCAGCCAAGAUGGGAGUUUUUCUGCUCUGUUGUUUGGAGGCGGCUGCCCAAAUGUUGGUCUCCCCUGCAAAAAUGGGCAGAAUUGAGUAAACCAGAGCCCUGUUGCUAGGCCGAGGUGUCUACCUCUUCAGCUGUGUUUCCCCACUCCUUUUAUGUCCAGGAAAUUAAUAAAAGCUGUUUCAGUUCA